GCCUCUAGAAGAAAAACACGCUUCUUCAUAUUUUAUACAUUCAGUUAUUGAGAAUGAGGUAAUACGUCAUGAUAGUUUGCUGUCUCAUCACGAUUUGGGAGGGAAGUGGGAACAGUUUGAAGAGAAAAAAGAGGAAAAGUGAUUUCAAUCUAACGUUAUACGCUUUACGCCAAUGUUUCUAUAGGUUUACUAUUAUAAGUUGAAUUAGUGUUGUUAUUGUGAAAAUUAAAAUCAAGCUUUCUUCUUUUCUGUAUUUAUUUUUAGCUAAAUUGGCAGAUUACAGAGGUUUACGCAAACACCUGAAGGCAACACCAGCCCUAGCAACCACUGCUAAGGUUCAGUGUACCCUAGCAACCAUGGAGGAUGAACAAAACGGCAAAUAUGUCACACAAGAACUCAACAACCGACUCGAAGAACUAAAAUGUUCCAAUGCAGCCCUUCUGGCAGAGAUCGACAUGUUUGAACGGUUCAUCGGCCGCAUGGACCCUCAGGACCUGGGGUCCCAUGCUGGGGAAGAUGGUCCAGGAACAGCAGGAGGAGCAUCCCAGCUGGAGGGCGGGGGUCGUGGACGGAGGCGGAGGUCCCGGUCCAACAUUUCAGAUCACUCCCAUCAGCUGACUUUGGAACAAAAACUCUAUGUGGCACAGACCGAAGUAACAGAGACACGACAGGACCAGGAGAAACUCAAACAGAGACAUGAGAAAAUUCAGGACAACUACAAGGCCUCGCUGAAAGAAGCAGAAGUACGUCUUGCCGAAAUCAGGAAGGCUAAGAACGAGUUUGAACGCAGACUGCUCAAACCGAUGAAGGACAACAGGUUGGAGAUGAAGGAGCCUGAGAAGGUGCUCCAGUACAUCGAAGACAAGUCCAAGGUCUCCCAGUUAGAGAAGUUUACUCUGAAGAACCAGGCACUGAAGGCCCACGAGAAGAAGCUCCAGCAGCAGCUUCAACAGAAAAAAGAGAUGGGAAAAGCCGAGUACGAGGACAUUUUCCAGGAGUACAGCGAGCACAGAAUGGAGAAAAACCUGGACGAACUUCAAGUCAACAAUUUGAAAGUACAACGUGUCCUCAGUUCACACAAGGAGAAGCUGCAGAGAGUGACAUUGGAGUCCACACAGCUGAGCAAUGACAUCACCAACAGGAAGCAGAUACUGGCAAAAAUUGAGGAGGAGCUACAGCAUGCCGAAGAGGAGCGUUUGAAGGCAGAGGCUCUCAACCAACACCUUCGGCGCCAGAUGACUGGUUAUCAGGCUCCUGAUAUCACUGAGUACAUGCAUGUCAAGGCCAGACACAAGAAGCUGCAGCAGAGCAUUCACACUUGGGAGAGGAAGGUUGGGAUCGCUGAGAUGGCCUUGAAGACCCACACUAAAGCUAGGAGCGCACAGAGAGCCACUCUCACUCCUGCAUACAGAUCUGAGGCUGGAGCUAGAUCAGGAGGGAGCCAAAUCCCAGUGAAGCUCCCACACAUAGCAGAACACCGCACAUAGAGAAAUAGAAAUUCAGAAAGCCUAAAAAAAAGGCCCUGUCACAAUAUGAUGAUUUGGCAUGAUCAUUCAAUACUUUCCUUCAAUGCUUGUCUGGAAAUGUAGAGAGAAAACAAUGUUCUUUUGUCCUUAAGCUUUAA